AUGACGGCUAAAAAUAGAAGUAAGGAAAUCCCUUAUCAGGACUUCUCCAAGAUUCGCGAGGCUAUAAGUAGGAAAAAGGAGAAUCAGAUUGAUUUGAACUCAUCGGAUUUGUUUGUGGAUCCAUCGUUUCCCCCUGAUUGGUCCUCAUUAACUUAUGUGUAUAGUGGAGAUGACAAAUAUGAGAAAACCGUCUUCAAACGACCCAUUAACAUCAUCAAUAAUCCUGUGUUGGUUGGUGUAGGUGGCGUCUGUGUAGAAUGGUUUCCAUGGAAAUCGUGGAAGCAGAAGUCCUGGUUUCAAGGUGCUGUCAUGGUGGUUUCUCUCAGUUUGAAAUUCAUGGAGAAAAUCAUUCCUGGUUAUCGAAAUUUUGAACAGGGAUUUGAACACAAAUAUCUUGGUGCUUUUAGAUUUCACAUCUGGAGAUUUGGAGAAUGGAUUGAAGUGGUGGUUGAUGAUUACUUACCCAUACUCAAUGAUAUGUACCUGUUCUGUUCUUCUAUGGGCCAGCCUCAAGAGUUCUGGGGAGCGCUGAUAGAAAAGGCUUAUGCAAAGUGUAAAAAGACAUUUCAAGCUAUUGAGUAUGGAAAUAUUCUGGAUGCUUUGACAGAUCUGACUGGUGGUAUUUGUGAGUUUUACACCCCAGACGUGAACCCUCAUGAGAAUCUAUAUCACAUUAUGUAUAAAUCAUCUUUAAACCGGUCUAUGAUGGUCUGUUGGAGAAACAACAAGAGACUGACAGAAUCAGCUUUUGAUUUCGAUGACUUUCAAAAGGAUAAUGAUAAAGAUUGCUGCGAAGAUAAGAGAUUUCUUCAUAUAAUUACUGCUGUUACCAAGGAGAAAUUUCGGCCAUUGUCCAGAAAAGAAGACGAUGAAUUCUGGAUGACUAUGGAAGACUUUCGCUGUAACUAUGGUGGUUUGUUCAUCAUCAGCAGUGAAGAACCGUACACAACUGAUUGGUUGAAACUGGACCGCAGGUUCCGCCAAGAAAAUGGUGUGUUUACCAACGAAUCCACAACAGAAAAUAGGACAACCUCAGUGAUCAACCUCAGCGGGCAGAAUCGUUACAAAGUGGAAAGAGAUGCCAGAGAUUUUACUCCACAUCCUAUUUCCAAUCCGUCAUGCUUCAGCUUUCGUCAGCCCAGUUCAGCUCUAGGGUGUAUGGAUACAGAGACCGUUCAGUCACAGAGUAUCUGUGUACGUGAAGCUCUCAGAUCACGCACCGUGGACUAUUCCCAUAGGAUUCCCACAUCCAACGAUCAGACUCCCAAAAAUCUUAACCUGAGUAGUGAUAACCCGUGUGGUAGAGUGGUGUGUCCAAAUUCCUACAGUUGGUUAAGAAAUAGUUCCAAGGAUGAUAAAGAAUCCAGACUCAUGAACUCAAAAGCCAAAUCCGACAGAAAAGGCCAGCGGCACUCAAAUGAUAUGACCUCAGCAAAAACAGUUAAUGUGUCGUCCAAGGGAAGAGAUUUCGUGAGGCGAACAUCCGAGACAGAAUCACUGCUCUAUCAAGUGUCCAAAAGAUCAAUGGACGUUAAACUCAGACGUGAAAAAAGUAUGAACUCAAAUUCCAUGGAAACAGAUUCUCUGGCAAGUCUUCCAGGGUGUAUUGACAUUGAAGGUGAAGGUCAAAUUUGGGCCAAUCGCAAUUGCAGCACUCUUUCCAACACAACUGUAAUGUCUGAACAGAGUACUUACAGUGCCUCUGAAAUAUCUCUGCAAUUCCAAACUCCACAACCUACAGACGAAUCUCAUCGUCCCAAAAGUGCUCCAUCCUCAUCUCGUAAUAAUUCUGACACUUCCCUAGCCUCUUUGACUCAGAGUCAUUUCCUUGCCAACAAGACUGACUACUUCAAACAGCCGGGACGAUGGAAAGUUAUGUUCGAACACAAGUUCAAAUGGACAAAAGACAGACAAGGAAUAUCCCGAUCUGACAUGGACCGACAUUCUCGCAGCCCUAGAAUCCUGUUUACGGUCUCUCGUACCAAUGAGGUCCUGGAUCCAAACUUGGUGCCAAGGAUGCAAGGAAAGCGACAUGUUAUAAUAUCAGUAUUACAAGACUAUCGUCAUGGACCUUCUACUGCUAACAGCUUACUCUUUCCCAUCGGUUUCUGUUUAUAUCGGGCCAAGAAUAUUGACAAAGAUGAUAAACGUCAUCUGUCCAAGCUACAUCUGGUGAGUCAGGUGGAUGGUCCAGCUGAGAUUCGAGAAGUCAAUGCCAGGUUUGAUCUGGAGCCUGGUGGCUAUGUCCUGGUACCCUACUGUCUGACCGAGUGCCAUGAGGGAGAGUUUUUGGUCAGAAUCCUAGCUGAGUGGAAACCUCCUGGUGGUGCAGAGUGGUCUCUAACACAACAAAUCAAGCAAUAA